UCCAACCUCGGAAAGUCAAACCCCACUCGAGCCUCGCGUGCCCCUGCCUCCCUCCCUCGAUCAGCAAGCGAACUCCACGGCCCCCUGCCUGCGCGCGUCCUAGCUGCAAUCCGUGGCAGACACGAGCUGCAACUGCAAGCGCAGGCGUGAACGCUUCCGUCUCUCCCCGUUCACCCGCGCGCCACGCUAUUCCGAGCUGCCUGCCCACCAUCAUCAGUCAAUCCCUAUCGAUCUUGGGUCGGGUCCGUGCGCUGUCGUGGGCGCCGAUGAAGCGAUCGAGGUGAAACCCGGAACCGGCCGUGCGGCGGUGAGUCGAUCUUGCAGGGGCGGCGACCCGAAGCAAGCUCGGCGAGAGCGCGCGGCGCGCGCGGGCACGCCAUGGCAGGCACCGGAGGCACGCCGUUCCUGGCUUCGCCCGCGACGGGGCGCGCCGCCACGCCGUCCUCCGCGGUCUUCGACGUCGAGGCGGCGGACGCCGGCGCCGGCGCGCACCACCGGGCCGGCAAGGCGCCGCCCCCCGCCGACGCCGGCGCCGCCUUCGUGCUCGAGUCGAAAGGGACGUGGUGGCACGCGGGGUUCCACCUGACGACGGCCAUCGUGGGGCCGACGGUGCUCACGCUGCCGUACGCGCUCCGCGGCAUGGGGUGGGGGCUCGGCCUCGCCGCGCUCACCGCCGUCUUCGCCGUCACCUUCUACGCCUACUUCCUCGUCUCCAGGGUGCUGGACCACUGCGAGGCCCGCGGCCGCCGGCACAUCCGCUUCCGCGAGCUCGCCGCCGACGUCCUCGGAUCUGGGUGGGUGUUCUACCUGGUGGUGAGCGUGCAAACCGCGAUCAACGCCGGCGUUACCACCGGGAGCAUCUUGCUCGCCGCCGACUGCCUUCAGAUAAUGUACUCAAAUCUGGCUCCGCACGGCCCCUUGAAGCUGUACCAUUUCAUCAUCAUCGUGGCCGUGGUGCUGGCCUUCCUCUCGCAGCUGCCGUCGUUCCACUCGCUGCGGCACAUCAACCUCGGCUCGCUGAUCCUCAGCUUCGGCUACACCAUCCUUGUCUCAGCCGCCUGCAUUCGAGCAGGUGUGUCGAGCAACGCUCCAGCGAAGGAUUACUCGUUGAGCUCGUCCAACUCAGAGAAGACCUUCAACGCAUUCCUUUCCAUCUCCAUCCUCGCCUCCGUCUUCGGCAACGGCAUUCUGCCAGAAAUCCAGGCCACGCUGGCGCCGCCGGCGGCCGGGAAGAUGACGAAGGCGCUGGUGCUGUGCUACGCGGUGAUAUUCUUCACGUUCUACUUCCCGGCCAUCACCGGCUACUGGGCGUUCGGCAACCAGGUGCAGUCCAACCUGCUGCAGAGCCUCAUGCCGGACGAGGGCCCCUCCCUGGCCCCGACGUGGCUGCUCGGCCUCGCCGUCGUCCUCGUCCUCCUCCAGCUCCUCGCCAUCGCCCUGGUGUACUCGCAGGUGGCGUACGAGAUCAUGGAGAAGAACUCGGCGGACGCGGCGCGCGGGCGGUUCUCGCGGCGGAACCUGGCGCCCCGGGUGGCGCUGCGGACGGCGUACGUGGCGGCGUGCGCGUUCGUGGCGGCGAUGCUUCCCUUCUUCGGCGACAUCGCGGCCGUGGUGGGCGCCGUGGGCUUCAUCCCGCUCGACUUCGUGCUCCCCGUCGUCAUGUACAACAUGGCGCUGGCCCCGCCCAGGCGCUCGCCCGCGUACCUGGCCAACGUGGCCAUCAUGGCCGUCUUCACCGGCGUGGGGGUCAUCGGAGCGGUCGCGUCCGUGCGGAAGCUCGUGCUGGACGCCGGCAAGUUCAAGCUCUUCAGCGACAACGUGGUGGACUGAUAAUUAAUAUGAUGAUCAUCAGUGUUAAGAACCAAGGCAGACUGUUUCCGAGCAACCGUUGGGCCAGUACUACUAACCAAAUUCAAAUCAAACUGCCUCCGCCGCCGCCGACGGAGCUCGCCGGAGAAGAAGCACAAUGCAUGUGCCAUGCGACUUCAAUUUUUCGUAUAUGCCAUGAAUAGACCUCCGCCCUAUGAGAAACCCAGCCUCUCUCCUCUUCCUUUCACGUGAUGGUCCAGCCCAAGCUUUUUCUUCACUUGUUUUCACGAUAAACCCA